CUAACUCACAAGUUCACAUUAUAACACUACACGUUAAAUCCUUCCCCAUCCCUUACAAAAACGCAUAAAAUCAAAACAUCUCUCUCUCUCUCAAAAAUGGAAGAAAAGCAACGAAAACAGUGGGACUGUGGAAGCACGUUAUACGACUCGUACGAGUUAAACUCGUUCAAACGCCAAAUUGACUCAGCAAUAGCGAACUCACCAAGAACACAUUCCAUGCCUCAUUUACCUCAACCUACCAAACUUCAACUUCAAAUUCAGGAAUCACCACCUUCUUCUCAAAUCAUCAACAACAACAAGUCGUCGUCUUUCAAGAUCUCUCGAACCUUCCAGAAACUUCUUCGCUUUGUUUUCAAGUCCGGUAGCAAUAAAUCCAACAGCAGGAUUCGUAGCAGUAGUUUCCGAUCAUAUCCGAAAGAUCAAGAGCAACUUGUUUAUGAUAAGUUGUACGAAUCUGAGCCUGUUCUUCUUUCCACCAUUCCUGAACUUCCUGAUUUUGAAACCGCUGGUCUUUCGCCGGAUAUCAGUAACUUUGUCAGAAAGUCAGCUUCGGAGCGGUUCACGGCCACCGCCACCGUUGGUGUUUCGUGUAGUGCUUAAUUUAGCGUAGUCUAGUCUUUAAUACAUGAUGGUGAUAUAAUAGUAUUACUACUAGAGCUGGUUAGAGCUGGUUCGUGAAGUCAAAAGCGUAUUGUAGCAAUUACUACUAACAUGUUGAUAGCGAGUAUUUCUGGUUUUAAUAGUUUUAUAUGGCGUUGUAAUGAAACACGAUGCAAUGUUUUAAAUGUUUAAUUUAGAUACCGUUGAAUUUGGCAAUUAUGUGACUUGUAUCAUGGGUUGUUGUUUUGAAUCCAGUAAGAGAGGUACCCUUUACUCCAA